AUGUCUGACAGGCGGGAUUCAGAAAAAGAAAAACUCAGUACUCUUUCUGAUGUGGCAAAAUUCAACUACGCCUUGAAGCAGUUUCAGACACUGAUUGGAAAAACAGUCGCCCAGAAGAGGGAGGAAAGAUUAGGGAUGUACAUUAAAGAUCAGGAUGAAAUAGAUUAUGAUACAUUCUAUGAGACAGUACAAACCCUCUUUGGUCCAGAAGUGAAGGAUCAAGAUGUUAAGACCUUUUUCAGGAAGAUUAGCAACAACCCUGAUGGAAGGAUAGAAUGGUGUGAGAUCUUUGGCUACUUUAUAGUAGAAGGUGAUGCCCUUGCUUCCCAGCUAGAUGAAGAAAACAUGGUUUUCCUGGUGUCCCGAAGACAGCGAAUUACAAAAGCAGGUGUCAAGAGACGAGAUGUGAUUAAGUGUAUAGCAAAGGUGCCACAGUUGGAUUUCAUGAUAACAGCAUCUCAGAAGGGAACGUUAACCAUUUUUAACAGUCAGAUGAGGGCUCUGACAAGUACAAACAUUGCAGAUAGUUCCUGGGUUACUGGAUGCGAUUAUCUUACUCAGCUCAAACGGGUUGUUGCUGUAACUGAAAGGACUGUUGUCAUCUGGGAUUAUAAAUCACAAGGCAGCUGCCAGGAUAAUUGCUUCAUCAUCAAACCAAUGGAACAUUGUCUGCUCUGUGUUUGUACGGUGAAUUUAGGAGAUCAACUAGCUAAGGAUGACAUCCUAAUGGGAGAUGAUGGGGGUCAUGUCAACCUUUUUACAGUGACCAGUGAUGACUUUGGACUAAAGCAAUCCAAAGCCAAAAAGAAAUCACAAUUACAGAUCCUGGACUCCAGGAAAUUCAAGAAUAUUAAACGAAAACUCCAUGAUGACUGGGUUGUGAAGGUUAAGUUUAUCUCUGUCCUGAAUUGUUUCGGAUCCUGCUCCUUAGACAGUGUUCAUUCGUUCGUUUUGGAUGACUUAAAGAGACUAGAGGACAACAUACCUGUCCGGGAGUUUUCUGUCCCAAGAGGAGUUAAUGCCUUCACAUACUGUGGAAAAGCAAAUAUCAUCGUUACUGGAGGUGAUGAUAAAGUUCUCCGUUUAUGGCAUCCCAAUAUAAACACCAAGCCAGUGGGGAAGCUGUUGGGACACUUAUUUAGUGUCAUGGAGAUUGUCACAAAUGAAAAAGAUCAGCACAUUAUUAGCCUUUCAACUGCAAAGGUUUUUAGAGUGUGGGAUAUACAGACCCUUUCGCUGCUGCAGAUCUUCCACGAUAGUCAGGGGAAACCUGCAGAAAUGCAGAUCUAUGCCAUGAUAUUUGACAAUAACCAUGGCACGCUUAUUACAGGGUCAUCUGUCAUUGAUAUUUAUCCUCUAACCCGGAUGAUACAAGACACCAAACAGGUUCCACAAACACACGAAAGAAACAUCAACGUACUGGCUUACAACAGGGCUUUUCAUCAAGUUCUCACUGUCUGUGCCGAAUCUAUUGUGAAGGUUUGGGAGCUAGAAUCCGGGCACCAAAUCUACCAGAUUGAAGAUGCCCAUGGGCCUAAUAUUGAAGUGACCUGUGCAGCAAUUGAUAAAAAUGGGUUUCACCUUGCUACAGGAGCCUAUGAUGGAACGUUGAAAAUCUGGGAUUUUGGAAGUGGGCAGGAAAUUAAAGCUUUGCCUGUCACAAAUGACAGCAAAGAUGAUGAGCAGUGGCUGCUGCAGCUAGUUUAUCUGAAGGCUAGUGAGAGUCGGCAUGUGAUCCUGGCUUUGGAGCACAGUGGGAAGAUCCAAAUCAUUCAGGGUAAUGAAGGUGAACCUUAUCUGACUGUUACAUGGGAGCUCCCUGAGGCUGUGUCACUUAUUCUGCAAGGGAAUCCAGUCAUGUCUCUAUGUCUGAAACCCAAUGCCAGGAAAGUAAAUGGUUUUUUUCCAGAUGUUCAGCUGUUGUCUGAUACAGAACCUAAGAGAAAUAAUGAAAUCCAGAAUUUACCGCUGGGUGAAGAAAUGAAGUGCUUUGAUGUGUUAAAAGUAGAAGGAUACAGCUUGAUAGCUACUGGAAAUGCACAUGGUGCAAUAAUCUUGUGGGAUUUUGAAUCUGCUACUGUCAGAUACUUGGAUAAAACUUGUCAGGCUUGUCAAGAUGCUACCGGUCAAGUAUCUGGAGUCAAUGCUGUGCUAUUCCUGUUCCGGAGUGAUUUCUCUUCCAGUCACUCCUCCUCCACCACUUCAUCCCUUGUAAGUGAUAUGACUGCCACACAGGAUGCAGAAGGCAGCCACUUAAGUCUAAACAAGGAAGAUGUAAACAAUGGAGAGUCUCCAGCAACAGUAGACGGGGAAGAGACUACCAACGAGAAGGACGUGCAACCCUCUGACACCAAAAAAUCAGCCUCUGGCUUCUCCAGAAACACAGCUGGACAUACCUGCUCACCAAUACUGGCCUCUGCCCAUGAAAAUGGCUGUGUCUAUCUAUGGACUAUUGGGGGAGAUUUACUGAGAGAAGUUUUGCCCUUCACAAAGCAUCCUGCAAUUCCUCUGACUGCUUUGUGCACCGAUAUCUCUUCUAAAAUGCUUUUAGCGGCCACCAAGGAGGGGCAUAUUAUGCGCUGGAAUACUGGCUCAUUCCUGGAAGAUCCACAGGAUGAAAAUAAGCAAAUAAAGCAGCAGCUCUACUGGCGAGCUCAUUCCACCAAAGUGGUCAGCCUAUUCUAUGAGGAGGAGAAAAACCUGGUAGUGACGGCCUCUGUGGAUGGUUCUGUCAGGCUCUGGCACGCACCAAAUGGACACUAUGUUGGUUACUUCGGACAGCGCAGGGUGUUUGAAUUAUCCGAAUCCAGUGAUUUGAUUUUGCCCUGUGAUGUUAAUGAAUUUCCCAUUAUAAUCAAAGAAGACAGCAAGUACAUGGAAAAGAAGCAGAAGUUUGAAUAUCCUCUAAUACUGGACAGGAAGAAGUGGAAAUCAUUGACCAAAUCAUCCUUGCUUUCAAAAAAGCCUAGACCCUUCGAAGUGGAUCAGGAUUUCAAGUUUUUCAAAGCCCUAGCUUCUCCUAAGGUUAAUAGACAACCUUUGGAAAGUUUCAAGUCAGGAAACAAAGAGGCUGGUGUUGUGUUCGGCUCUAUACCUAUAUACAGGGUUCUCAGCCUAACAAGUCACAAAGCUCUCCACCAGUUGGGGUCAAAAGAGAAGCAAGACUCAGUUAACACUAUCUUCAAAAGGAUUAAGCAUCAUAGAUUUUAUGAGCCAUCACGUUUAUCCAAGAGAAGAAGUGCAAAAAAUAGCCAGGCUACAGCGGCAAAUGUGAUCCAGUCCUUUGCCACCUCCAUUUCCUUCCAAGGUGCAAAACCCUAAACUGCCACUGCUGUUAUCAAAAAUAAACCUUGAGAUCACCUGCAAAUCAUACGUAGUCAAAGUAAUUGCUACUGAUCUAAAGGAAUCAAACUAGAAAAGCCAAAGGAGGGAGCCAUAGACUGCAGGAGAAUCUGGGAUGAUGGUUGCUUACUAUCCUGUUUGUAGAAGCAAGUGAAGAAGAUGAACCCAUCAUCUGCACUGUCUCAACCAAGACACAGAAAGCAAAGCAGACAUACAGUGUCAAUAAUGCGCCUGUACUGAAUGAUUUUUGUGAUCAAUCAGACACAAUUCUAUAAUUCCUAAUUUUCCACCAAAUUUAACACUGGUCUGCUGUAAUACUUAGGAUGCCUUGUGGAAUGAUACAUGGGACCUUGCCUAUAUCUAUAUGUUCUCUUUAAUUUGCCCUUGGAACAGUCUAUAUCAUUAAUAUGUAGUAGAAUUUAUAGAUUGGCCUGUAUAUCUUAGGUACUUAUAUGGUCCCUAUCAUUGUAGCAUCUGAGUAUUUAAUGUAUUUCUCCUCACAACACACUGGUGAAGUUGAGAAGUACUAUUGUCCCCAUUUUUCUGAUGGGGAACUGAGGCACUGAUGGCUAGAUUCACAAAGGAACUUGGGUGCCUAGAAAAUCACUGGGGGUCACAAAACCCGAGUUCAGUGCUAGGUUAGAUGGGCAUCUCAGAAUGGAAUUCACAAAAGCCAUCAUGCUAAGUGAGGUGCUGCCUAACCUAGCCCAUGGUGCAUUUUUAUAAAGAAAACUAAUGCAUCACACAACUGUAACUUGCACUCUUAAACUAUGGUUUUAUUCCAUAAUGUUGCUUAUAUAAAUGUAUCUGAACCUAGAUAGUUUUUUCCAGUACUGGAAUAAAUUUCACCAUCACAAUUGGUCUGUAGUAAAGGUAGUGUCCCAUCAGAAUUCAAGAUAUAACAUGUCCAGACUGAUUGCCUUUUUGGAUAGAAUUAUACUCCUAACUGCUUUCCUCUGGUUUGAUUUGCUUUUCAGGGUAGAGUGCCUCCACCUACAUGAGUCAAAUUCUGUUAAACGCUUUCCUUUGUUAUAUAUCCUUCCUUGGCAGCUGAGUUUAAACAUGUCAAAUAUUGUCUCUGCAUAGAUCAAUCUUCCUUCACUGAUAUUCCAAACCUGACCGAUUCCAACACUGCUUUUCCCCACAAAGGUAGGGGGUUAGGCAUUUUAUGAAAUCUAAACAAAGAAAUGCACUUGCAGUCAGUGAUUCUCCAUAUCAGUCAGUGUGGCAUGUCAAAUCACAAAUAGUUUCAU